UCUUUUGACGGUAAAGGGAUACAGCUUCAGGAAGAAAAUGAACAUGGACUAGAUGAUGAAGACAAAGUUAUUCAUGGCCAGCUAAUUAACCAACGAAUACUAUUUAGAUUAGUGUGUAUGAUUUGAAUUUAAGUCACAUGCACUAGAUAAUUCUACGAUGUAGAGGACAAGUGGCCAAAGGGAGCAGCGAUUUGUCAAGGCCCAAGUCCUUGUUGACAAGUGACUGGUGAAUUUGUAUUGGUCAAGCUGACUAUAUACCCUGAUUAAUCAAUUUGAGCUCAGACACAAUUCGCCAAAAUGCUGCAACAGAUUUUGCAAGACAUGUACAUAGACCCAGAGCUGCUGGCCGAGCUCUCUGAGGAACAAAAACAGGUCUUGUUUGUUAAAAUGAGAGAGGAACAAGUACGCAGGUGGAAGGAGAGUGAAAAGAAGCUAGAAAUGGAAGACAGAAAAUCCCCCAGAAAGAGAAAACCAGGUAAAAAGGGAUUUGUAAAGUUCCUUGAAGGAAGUGAUGGACAAGAAUGGGUAUGGGUGAUGGGAGAACACCAAGGAGACAGGAGAAUUGAGGACAUUUUGGAGGAGGAGGCUAAGAAUGAAGCAUUCAGAAAGGCAGAGCUGGAAAUGGAUAAACUAAGACAACAGGAAGAGAUGGAUCUGAAGCAGCGAUUGGAACAAGAAGAGCGUGAGGUUGAACUUGCCAGGAAGAAAAUGGAAGAGGAUGUAAGACGGAAGAAGGAGGAAGCAGAAAUGUAUAAGUCGAUAAAGGAAGCAACCAUGGUGGCCAAACGAUUAGAGGAGGAGAAGAAGAAAGAGGAAAUGAAACGGGUGGAAAACCUGAGACUAAGAGCUUGCAAGAAAUGUGAAGAUCUCCAGCAGGUAUCAGACAACCUUACUUGUCAUAGCAAGACGCAGCAUGCCAUAGCUGAAGGCAGGAAUGUCAAUUCUUCUUCUGUUAAAAAUUCAUCUUUUGCCCAGGAGCGUCGUGUCUCCAUGGAAAAGGUCGAGAAGGCAAAACGCCGCCGUAGCAAUGAGCUGUAUGUACGAUGGAAGGAAAUGAGGCGACAGAUUGAGAAAACCGCAGAGGAGGAGUCAAAAGAGGUGGAGGACAACUGGCAUUAUAGAGAGAAACAGGCCAAAGAAGCAGAGAAACAGAUGCAGACCUUGGCUAAACGAGCCAGAGAGGAACAUCGUAAUUCUUUACGUCUCACAUCCGGUGUCAUCAAUGCUGCUUCAGCAUUCUCAGAGGGUGUUAAGCCUCCUCUUCCCCCAAAGCCCAAAUAUCUUACACAAAAUGCCUUGGCUAGUCAAAAUGGAACAAGUGGUAAUAAAGUAUCAAGGAAGAAGCGAAGUCUAAGACCUAAAAACAAAGAUGAUGUGGUCAAGUGGUUCCUGGAGGAGGAGAAACCACAGGGAGUUGGUAUAGAUCCCAAAACCAAGACCGUGGCUACCUGGUUCCAUGGUGUGAUAUCUCGAGUAGAUGCUGAGCUUAUGUUACAAUCCAAGACGCUAGGAGCAUUUCUUGUACGUGUCAGUGAGCGAGUUUGGGGAUAUACAAUAUCUUACCGAGCAGAAGAUCGCUGUAAACACUUCCUUAUAGACACGUCUGAUGCAGGCUACCAGUUCUUCGGUGCUAAUCAAGUCCUUCACGCAUCGCUUCAUGAACUUAUAGAAUUUCAUAAAAACAACCCAAUCACCGUAAUGGGAGGUGAGAAACUUCGGCACCCUGUAGGACAGUCUAAAGACCCACCAGAUUAUCAAGGUUUACUUCAAUCGAAGAUUCUGGAGAGUACUUCUCUAUAAACCCACCGUCAUUGUGUUGUUGUAGGACUUUCUGUGCCACACAUAUUUAAUCUCACAACAGUAACCAGCUGUUGUUAAGCCUUUCAAAACUGUUUUGUAUAAUAUGGUUUUUAUUUUUCAUGUUGGUAUUGGACCAUUUUGGAAAAAUCUUUAUAUUCGUAAUGCUUACAAUGCUGUUUUUUUAAGAACAAUUUCAUAUUUUCCCUAGAUUAUUUUUUCAAUCAUCGUUCUUUGUGUAAUUUUAAGAACAUUGUUCCCAUGUUUGGGAUGCUGAUAUCAGGCUUUAUGUGGCUCAUAUUUUAAUUUUUUUAUUUGGUAUUGUUAGUAGUAACACAAAAUGGAGGGGACCAGCAGCAAAACCUUAAUAAUCCAAGCAUACAGUGAUUUGUAUGGGGAGUGGAUUGAUAUGAGUCAGCUAGAUCUGGCAUACAUGUGAAAUACAAAAAGUUCAAAACUGUUUGAAUAUUCACUAGUUAAGGAAGGAAAUGAGCAGCCAUAUUAAAAAUUCUUUUUUUUUUUUUGUUUUGAUGAAUAUUUAAAGAGGUGUUUUUACCUCGGAACAUAAUAGAAUUGUGGACAUAUAUCAAUAUAAUCAUACAAGAACGCAUUUCUUUUGGUUUAUAUGACUUGUUCAUUGUUUAUCAAAAUAAAAUUUCCCACCUACUUCAUAUAUAAUUUGGUACAUGUUAAAAAUCAAAUUUGUCUACU